AGGAUCAUGUCAGCUUUACCGUUAUCCUUUCGGGCAAAACACCGACUAAGUCCAAAGACCAUGCGGAGCUUUUUGCUAAAGAGUUCCCGUGUUUGUCCAAACCAGGACUCCAGGUGUCACAGCUCUGGACAACAGAAAAGACGGGUUGUUAUUACUGGCGUAGGCUUAGUGUGUCCUCUGGGCACGGGAACUGCUCUGCCCUGGGAACGCCUGAUUCAGGGUCGGAGUGGGAUUGUGGCUCUGGACUCAGAGGAAUACAAGACUCUUCCCUGUAAAGUGGCUGCCCUGGUACCAAGGGGGGCAGGACAGGGUCAGUUCAAUGAGGAGAUGUUUGCCUCUCGUGGGGAGAUCAGCAGUAUGUCACCAGCCACUCUGAUGGCACUUGGAGCUGCUCACCUUGCUCUGGAGGACUCAGGUUGGUUCCCCAGAACCCAAGAAGAGCAGUGGAACACAGGGGUGGCUGUUGGCAUGGGCAUGGUGUCACUGGAUGAGAUCUCUCACACUUCCACUGCCUUCCAAUCAAAGGGCUACAAGAAAGUGAGCCCUUUUUUUGUUCCUCGAAUUCUAGUCAACAUGGCUGCUGGGCACAUAAGUAUUAAACACAAAUUAAAGGGUCCCAACCAUGCUGUUUCCACGGCAUGCACCACAGGGGCACAUGCCAUAGGCGAUGCUACCAGGUUCAUCAUUCACGGGGAUGCGGUUGCUAUGGUCGCAGGGGGAACAGAAGCUUGUGUAGGGCCUCUGUCAAUUGCUGGAUUUGCGAGGGCACAUGCCCUGGCCACCAGAUGGAAUGACAACCCUGCACUCGCUUCAAGACCCUUUCACCCAGAGAGAGAAGGCUUUGUGAUGGGCGAGGGAGCCUCUGUACUCCUGCUUGAAGAGCUCGAGCAUGCAAUGAGGAGAGGAGCCAGAAUUUAUGCCGAGGUCCUUGGAUAUGGACUGUCAGGGGAUGCCAGCCACAUCACUGCGCCCACUACAGAUGGGGAUGGGGCCUUCAGAUGCAUGUCUGCAGCCCUCAGAGAUGCCGGUGUCUCACCAUCAGAUGUUACAUAUGUGAAUGCUCAUGCCACGUCCACACCCUUAGGUGAUGCUGCCGAGAACACAGCCAUCAAAAGGCUCUUCCAGAACAGUGCAAACAGUCUGUCUGUCUCCUCCACCAAAGGAGCCACAGGACAUCUGCUUGGUGCUGCAGGAGCUCUGGAGGCUGCGUUCACCGCACUGGCCUGCUACCACGGCAUCCUACCUCCAACCCUCAACCUGGAUCGCACUGACCCACAGUUCGACUUAAAUUAUGUUCCAUGCACUGCACAGCAGUGGCGAACUCGCGGCCAGCGAGUCGCCCUUACUAACUCAUUUGGAUUUGGUGGCACCAAUGCAUCAUUAUGCCUCGGCAGCGUGACUGACAUUAAAUCCUGACAUUAAAAGAAGUCAUAUCUGAUAUUCUGCUUAACCCGUGGUGAUUUACUACCACAGAUUAUGUAGUGGAAGGUUUUCAUGUGCAGAGAUUAAAUCAUCUGUUUUGGGAACUCA